AUGGCGCGGUUCAGGGGCGCCCGGUACCUGAGCUGCUUUUACUGCGGAAAGCGGUCCGGGCUCAAGUACGACGGCGUGACCCGCGACUUUCUGUGUCUCUACUGCGAUGCCACCAACUACCUCGACGAAAAUGGAGAGAUUAUGGAUCCUCCCGUCGCAACGGAUCGCGAAGCGACGACGACGCAGUACGCGGUGCCUCGGCCGGCCUCGCCUUCGGCUACCGGGAGCAGCGACAUCUUCUGCCCGACGUGCCUGAAGAACCAACACCUCUUCACCAAGUCGCUGGCUCAAUACUUUCCCGACGAUCCUUCCGACCCAGAAUAUGAGCGACUCGAGCGCAACUACUACCGCUAUCGUCGCGGCUUGGAAGUGCGGUAUCCGCAAGUCUGCGACGAGUGCGCCGCCCGCGUCGAGCACCGCAUCCGCCAGGCAGGGUACACAGCCAAGACGGACCAUCUGCGUCGCAUGAUGGACUUGAGCCGCGGCCGGAAACCUACCCGGACGCGGACGCCGCUGGACUGGGCGAGCGCGCUCGGCGGCGCCGUCUGGAGGGCUGGCUUCGUGCUGCAGCUGCUGUGGCACGUGGUCAUGGUGACGCAGGUGCUGCAGGCCGGCGACCCGGCUGGCAUGCGCGAUCCGGAUGGAGGCGAUGCCCUGCUGGAGCGAAUCGUCCCGUGGCUGAGACGGAUAGCUGGCAUCUUGCCGGCACAGGAUGUACUCAUGCGAUGGAGCAUCGCCGCGGCGUGUGCUUCGGCGUGGUGGAACCCCCACUUCGUGCAAGUGAACCGCGGGUUCACGAGACACUUGCUGGGACUCACUCAGUGGUAUUCCUUCCAGGGCCUCAUAAUAUUCUUCCGACUGGUCUUCCGGAGGGUGCAGGACAUCGAGGGCGGGCAGAGCCAGUCGGUUCAGGCACAGCUCAGCAUACACGCGGUCAUGGCGGUUGUCAUGGGGCUGAUGUAUGUUUUGGCCGGCAGGUCAAUCCGAGUCGAUACCUCGCCGCUGUUCGGGAUAGACGAAAAGCCCGUUCUGCCCAAGCCCACGACGCCGGCCAAGCGGAAGCAGGAGGAUUCCAAGACGUUUUCGGAGCUUUUCAACGACGCGUUGGAGUCGGUUGACCGACCGUCGCGGGCUCGGCCAGCCAGUUUAACCCCUCCUUCUCAACGGGCGACUGUCCAACAGCCGGUGGGAAAGCCCGGGCUGUCGUUUGGCGGCCUGGAUCUGUCCGAGACUCCCACGCGACGGCGCCCGCAACCAGUCCAGUACGCCGAGGAGAUGGACUGGUCACCCAUUGCGCCUCAUCAGCAUCGAGCAUUUGUUGGCCAGGCGUCGCCAAGCAGAGGGACUAGCAAGUUUGCGCGGCGGGAGCCCGAGGCCAGCAAUCCCUUCCGCCACAAAGUUCCCGCAGCGCCGUCGAACCCAGCGCGGAGACUACUGAACCGGCCUCGCGAGUCGGAGCAAACCCCAGAGCCCGUGGACAAUAGCCAAAGUCUGUUUGGCCAACGCCGCUCUGGGAGCGACCGCAAUAAUGCCGCGGAGACCAGUCAGAGCGUGGAGUUUAGACACCCCAAGUUCUUCGCCCCAGAGAGAGACGAUGCGAGCUCCUUGGCAGACUUGCUGAGCCAGAGUUUUAGUUUGAGUCAGGAGCAGGAUGUCGACGCCGGGAGCGCGGACGGGAUGGCCACCAACGGAAAGCCGACUCGGGUCGCGGCAACGCGAUCCGACAAACCGAGGCACAGAAUUCCCACGUCCUCUGACGCCAUCGUGUUCUACACUGUUGCUGCCUUGGUAUUAGCCUGGUUGACAACAAUGGCCAUUGCCGUUCCUCGCCAGUUAGAGGUACGGUCGGUCAUACUUCUCGUCGCCGGGGUCAUUGCCCUCCGCGGCAACGACGCGACGAGCCAGGAGAUUCAGACUUCGCCGACUCCAGGUGGGGUCGCGUACGUGCUCUCAGCGGUUGGCAUUGCCGAGCUCGCGGCCGUGUGCUGGCUCGCGACCAAGGUUUGGGAGGGGGACGUUGCGGAGGUCAAAGUUGGCAAAUACGGGCUGAUCCUGCUUGGGAUGAUGUCGGCACGUCUGAUGCUUAGAAGAGCGGGCAUUGUAUAG